AUGGUGAGCACCAGCUCUGCCGCACCUCCAUUCAGUCGCGAGGAGAACACUGUUGAAAACAAUGACACAGACUAUUGUGAUGGUUUUCAAGCGUAUGAAUGGUCCAUCUACUCAUUAACUGCCUUCUCCUGCUUGUGUGGACUGGUGGGAAAUAGCACGGUCAUCUGGCUUCUCAGCUUCUGCAUUAAGAGGAACCCUUUCACAACGUACAUCUUGAACUUGGCCAUAGCCGACUUUGGCACCCUUUUGAAUUUGUCUGCUAGAGUUGUACUUCUUUUACCAAGGAUCUGUAAUACUGUUCCAGUUUUGGCGUUUUCUUUAUUGUUUCCAUGCAUUUUCUUUACAUAUAGCGCAAGCCUGUAUUUCCUGACAGCCAUCAGUGUGGAGAGAUGUCUCUCUGUCCUGUUUCCAAUCUGGUAUCGAUGCCAUCGACCAGAGAGGUCUUCUGCUGUGGUCUCCUUCCUCCUCUGGACCAUCCCUGGCUUACUUUCUGGAUUGUUGUUGGUGUUUAAUGAUUAUUUGGUUCAUGAAAGUUAUCUUAAUGUGAUGACCACUAUUUUCACUGUCAACCUCCUGAUUUUCACUCCCAUUAUGGUUGCUUCCACUCUGAUAAUGUCCAUCAAGAUCUGCCAUAGCUCCAAGAGACGCCAACCACCCAGGCUCUACAUCACCAUUUCGAUCACACUUUUGUUCUUUGUCAUCUUGGCUGUUCCAUUUAGUGUUACAUAUUUUGUCAUGCUUAACACUGGCCUUGCUUCUUUACUUCUAUACGACUGUUCUUACCUCUUUGCCUCUUUCAACAGCAGCAUUAACCCCAUCAUUUACUAUUUUGUUGGGAGAGGCAGAGAAAAACGCAGAGAAUCCUUGAAAGUUGUACUGAAAAGAGCAUUCAGGGAUGAAGCAAUCUGUAAAGGUGGGUCUUAA